CCCCUAGGUUAAUGCGAAAAUAUGCAUCGAGGCACAUUGCUCAACAUAUGAGAUGGCAUCACGAGCAACGUAUAAAAGAAGAUGGUGUAUUGCGUCAUCCUGCUGAUGGGAAAGCUUGGAAGGACUUUGACCGAAAUAAUCCAACAUUUGCAAUGGAACCCAGGAAUGUGCGGCUUGGAUUGGCUGCAGAUGGAUUCAAUCCCUUUGGUAAUAUGAGUCUGUCUUAUAGUAUGUGGCCAGUAGUGUUGACGACAUAUAACUUGCCACCAUGGUUGUGCAUGAGAGAAACUAAUUUCAUGUUGAGUUUAUUAAUUCCGGGACCUCAUUCGCCAGGAAAAGAUUUUGAUGUUUUCUUAAGACCAUUGAUUGAUGAGUUAAAAGAAUUAUGGGUGACUGGUGUACAGACUCGAGAUGCAGUCGAUGGCAGUUUCUUCACUCUUCGGGCAGCUUUGAUGUGGACUAUAAACGAUUACCCAGCAAGGAGUAGCCUUUCUGGAUGGACUGCUCAAGGUUAUCAUGCUUGCUCUACUUGCAAUGUGGCAACACCAUCUAUUCGUUUACAAAAGAAGGUUGCUUUUUAUGGUCAUAGACAUUUUUUACCAAUCAGACAUGUCAUUAGAAGGGACAAGAAGACAUAUGGUGUCGUUGAAAAGAGAUUACCACCACAGCCAUUAACCAUGCAAGAAAUGUUCACACAAAUGAGUUUUAUACCUGAUUCUCUUCCUGGUAAGCAUGUCAGUUAUGGCGGCCAAAAAAGAAAGCGUACAAAAGAGCAAGUUGGUUGGCGGAAAAAAAGUAUAUUUUUUGAGCUCCCAUAUUGGGCCAACAUAAUGCUGCGACACAAUCUAGAUGUUAUGCAUGUUGAGAAAAAUGUGUGUGACAGUUUAGUAGGCACAAUAGUUGGGCUGGAGAAUAAGACCAAAGACACAGUUAGUGCCAGAGUAGACUUGGAGAAGAUGAAGAUGAGACCAGAGUUACAGCUGAGGAAGUUGAAUGGUCGGAUACAAAAGCCUGCGGCCAAAUUCACUUUCACUGUUGAAGAUCGCCAAAAGUUUUGUCGAUUUCUUAAAUCAGUGAAGUUUCCAGAUGGUUUUGGAUCUAACCUAAGGAAAAAUGUGAUUGACAAUGACAAUAAGAUAACUGGUUUGAAAUCGCAUGAUUGUCACAUCAUUAUGCAACGCCUUUUGCCAGUUGGUGUGCAUGCAUUCCUAGAGAAAUCAAUGAGUACAACUAUUAUUGAGUUAUGCACUUUCUUCAAGCUCAUUUGUGCGAGAACUCUAAAAGUCUCAGAUUUAGAAAAAGUCCAAACUUCAAUUGUUGAGAUUGUUUGCAAGUUAGAGAAUAUUUUCCCACCUGCUUUUUUCGAUAUCAUGGUCCAUCUACUAAUACAUUUACCGGAAGAAGCAAUACUUGGAGGACCGGUUCACAUGAGGUGGAUGUAUCCUUUUGAAAGGUAUAUGAAAAAAUUGAAGAAUUAUGUCUGUAACAAAGCACGUCCAGAGGGCUCAAUAGCAGAAGGAUAUGUGGUUGAUGAGCGCCUCCAAGUAAACGUGGACGCCAUAAGGGAUUGAACACGCGGGAAAAGAGGGAACAGUUGGGGCGUCCUCUCCCUCUCGAGUGGGAUGUGCGGGGGAGAACAUAUAAAGAGAUCGGAGAGUACAGCUCAAAUUUCU